AUGGGGAAGAGAUAUUACUGUGAUUACUGCGACCGUUCCUUCCAGAGCACCCUCCCCAACAUCAAGAAACACGUGAAUGGAGUCCAGCACCAUCGAGCCAAGAAGGCCUGGUUCGACAACUUCAGAGACGCAGCAACGAUUCUCACCGAGGAACAAGCAAAGAAACGCUGCAGGACUUUUCUCCAGAACGGAGUUUGUGAUUUUGGAUCCACUUGUAGGUUUUCUCACAUGACGGAUGAAGACUUCAGUCGUCUUCGUCAGCAGGCCACAGGUGAAAACCCGCUCCAAGACCAGUUUAAGGACAGCAUUUUAGCCAAGAGAAGCCUGGAGGACUGGCUGUCGAGACGCGAGCAGAAAACCAACUCUCUCUGUAGCAAAGAAGACACCAGGACAGACUUGGACUUCCCAGAGGAGAGUGUGAUUCCUUUGGAGCUCCUCCGUGUCCCGGACCUGCCUCCCUCUCUGCAGUCCCCUCCUCCUGGGGGUUGGCGGGCCAGCGGGGGCUCGGGCUGGGGUUGA